AUGUUUGGGGCGAACGUGCCAUCUAGACUAACGUUUGAUCCUAAUUUUACAACCUUGAAUGAAUUUCAGUUAGGAGGGAGUUUUUUGAGAGGCUUUCAAAUAUCAUCAAACAACAAUUACAUCGACGAAAGUAUAUUUUAUGAUCAAAUUAAAAAUUUCUUGAAUAAUGAAAGCAACUACAAGAACAACGACGAUACUGAAGCUACUACUACUGCUACUUCUACUACCACUAACAACACUAACAACAAUAAUGAUAAUGACAGUACAAUUCAAGCAAACUUAAUUCAACAUUCCCGAAUCGUUCAAAACGUGCUGAACCAAAGAAAUUUAACAGCCUCAAAUUCAAAAAUGUUAAAAACCAGACAGCCGAGGAUAAACGAAUUAUCCAUUAACUUUGACCAAAGACCAAAAACUUUGAAAGAACAUGAACAAAAACUAAACCGGAAAAAGUUAAACCAACUUUUGCUUAAUAUGAUCAGGAGCGGCAAAAAAUUAAAAACUGGUGAAGAAAUUUUGGAUGAGUUUAAAAAAGCUCGCCAAAACAAUAACAACAACAACAACAUUAAUAAUAAUAAUAACGUAGUUGUCGGUAAAUAUGAUUUUGUUGUUGACGUAGGCGUUGAGAAGGGCGGCGGAAUGUUCCACUACGAAUGGGAUUUGACCCACCAAUUGAGAGCGAGAAAUCAAAAUAAAUUCAAAAAUGAAAAAAGUAAAAAAAAUCUCAUCAAUGACAACAAGAAUAAUUAUAUGAGGAAUAUUAAUGAUAAAUAUGGUAAUAAUAACAACAACAAUAACAAAUUUAUUUCAAUUAAAAUGAGAACAAUGGUUGAUAACGCGGCAGUCCUCGCUAACGAAUCUCCGACAACGUACAAUAACAUCCACAACAACAGCAACAACAGUCACUACAUCACAGCCCAAAAUGCAACCAACCACAAAAACAACGACGCGUACGACAACGUUAACAACGACACAGCAAUCAAUGCAAUCCACGAUAAUUACAUCAACCUUGAUUACACAGACUUCGACAUCAACUUUGACCAAUUAAACAAUGACAACCAAAGUAUGCAACAGCAACAACAGCAGCAACCACAACAACAACAGUUCAUCUCCAACAAGAAAUUAAGACAAAGAAGAAACACAAACGACGUAGAACCGAAGGAUGAGAAGGAAGAGGAGGAGGAGGAGGAGGAAGAUGAGGAAAGUGGCGAAUUCAACCCGAACAGUACAGUUGCAAAAAGACCGAAAAAUUCAGAUCUGGAAAAGUUCUCAUCGUACGUGUACAUCCCUACUACAUACGUCGGCUGCUAUUCUUACUCGAUAUCUGACGGCCAAUCAGAAGAGUUGUUGGACGAGGAGGAGAUGUCCAUCGAUGCGUGCAUCUAUUUCUGCAGGGAUAGGAAGAAAACGUUUGCAGCACUCAUGAACCAAGGAGACUGCCGUUGUUACAGCUACGUGUUACACAAAGACAAGACAAACGAGGAGAACUGCGACAUGGAGUGCAACGGAAACAAACACCAGAUUUGUGGCGGACCCAGCUACCUCAGCGUCUUCAGCACCUGCAACCUCUACUUCUACGGCUACUCCUGCAUACAAACCUGCUUCUGUGGCGACGGGCAGUGCGAUUUUUACACCGGACUCUGCCCAUCUGAGAAGUGCAAACAGAAUUUUAAAGGACUCUACUGUGAUCGGCAAGCAAAAUUGAACGUUGGAUUAGCAAUGGCGUCAUGGCUACUGUUUGGCAUAAUGUGCCUAAUGGGCAUAGUUAUCGUCGGCUUUGGCUUCUGGACUCUAUUCCACAUGGGGAUUUUGGAAGCGGAAAUUUAA